AUGCACCUGCAUGAAGUGUCUGCCGAAAUCGCGGAGCUGCUCCAACUGACUCAACAUGUCGCAGGACCAGACAUGGCCAACGUCUCACACGGUCGCGGCGGUGCUGCAAACAUCAAACCCGAUACCCAGACCUACGUCGACGGCGAAAUUGUCCGGGAAGGACCAGUUGGCAACCAGGGCGACGGUCCGUACUCGGCCGGCCGCGGUGGCGCAGGAAACAUCGACCACCAAGGAAGCAAAGCACAUACGGCUCCAGCGGACGCCGAUAUCAUCCCAGAGACAGCCACUCGAAUCGCUAAGGAGGAAUCUCAUCAUGUCGGACGAGGGGGUGCCGGGAACGAGCUGCAUGUGCACGAUAAGAAGACUGGCUUCAUGGAUAAGCUGAAGGGUCUCUUCGGAUCCUCUCCGGCUAAGAAAUGA